AGUUGUGGAUGAAUUCGUUAUCAAUUUGAAUCGAACUGACAGUGAUAGUGAUUCUUUCGAAACUGAAGAUGAAGAUUCAGAAGGAGAAGAGGACGAUAGCAGAAUUUUUGGUGUAGAAUCGGCAGGAGACUCUAUAGUUCAUGAAGCCAAUUCUGAUAAGACGUACAUCAAUCUUUGA